AACGGCUCCACCUACACAUAGAACAAGUCUCCUGCCGCUAACUCCGCUGACUCCAGCGCAGGACUGAAGUUGUGGUUGUGACUCUGCUGAAUGAUGCAACAGCUAUGGCAACCAGCCCAAUGCUCCAUGAACGUAUCAAAGCAGCCAAGGAGCUGCUAGAGCGAGUAGAUCUGCUGUGCAGCCGCCAGGCCCGAGAGGUGGAAGGCCGUGCCAAGCUGUGCAGUAAACUUCGUGCUGAGCUCAAGUUCCUAGAGAAAGUGGAAGCAGGGAAGGUUGUGAUUAAAGAGUCUCAUCUGCAGAGCACCAACCUCACCCACCUGAGAGCAAUCGUCGAGUCGGCCGAAAGUCUAGAGAAUGUUGUGAGUGUUUUGCACGUGUUUGCUUAUGAGGGCCCUGAUGGGCAGAAGCAAACGUUGGUGGUGGAUGUGGUGGCCAAUGGUGGACACACGUGGGUCAAAGCCAUUGGACGCAAGGCAGAAGCCUUGCACAACAUCUGGCAGGGCCGAGGCCAGUAUGGGGACAAAAGUGUAAUCCGGCAGGCCGAAGACUUCCUCGAGGCCAGCCGGCAGCAGCCAGUCCAGUACAGCAAUCCUCACAUCAUCUUUGCCUUUUACAAUGGUGUGUCCAGUCCUAUGGCAGACAGGCUCAGAGAGAUGGGAAUCUCUGUAAAGGGUGACAUUGUUGCGGUGAACAGUGUGGUAGGAGUGGGAGAAGAUGACGAGCGAGGAGAGGAGGAUGAGGAAGAUGAAGGUGAGGAUGAUGGUGGUUCUGGGGAAGAGGAAUUGGAGGCAGAGAACGAAGCUGCAGAAGAAGAUGAGGACGAGGACAGCGAUGAUGAAGAUGCAGACAUCAUGCACACUCGUGUGGAUCGGGACACAAUUGUAGCCAGCUUGGCCUUCCCCACUGAAGUGAAGGUGGACGUCUGCAACAGAGCUAACCUGGACAUCACCACGCUCAUCACGUAUGUGUCCUCUCUAAGCCAUGGCAACUGCCACUACACCUUCAGAGAGCAGGUGCUGACGGAGCAGGCUGCUCAGGAGCGCCAGGAGAAGGUCCUGCCCAAGCUUGAAGAGUUCAUGAAAGGCAAGGAGCUGUUCGCCUGUCAUUCUGCGGUUCAUGACUUCCGCGUUAUCUUGGACACGCUAGGUGGACCCGGAGAAAAGGCCCGAGCGGAGGAGCUUCUAGCCAGGCUGACGGUGGUGCCUGACCAGCCUUCAGAACGCACACAGCGACUGGUCACCAGCUCCAAGGUGAACCGCAGGUCGCUCAUGAUCUUUGGGACCGGAGACUCACUGCGAGCCGUCACCAUGACCGCCAACAGCGGGUUUGUGCGCGCAGCUGCUAACCAGGGUGUGCGCUACAGCGUGUUUAUCCAUCAACCCCGCGCUCUGACUGAGGGAAAGGAGUGGAGAGCCACGCCCAUAUGAGCAGAGGAAAUGACAAAGGCAUUGGGACUGUCUACAACAGUGGUCACCAUCCCUGGUCCUGCAGCUCUGCCAUUCUGCUGAGUGUCGUUCCAACCUUGAUUGAAACACCUGCUCUAGCUAAUGACCUUUUAAAGAAGUUCUUGAUUGGCUGGAUCAGAUGCAUCAAUGUUAGGUGAGGGGGGAGGCAGGGCAGCAUGUUGGACGCAAGUUGGAAACAAAACUCUGCAGGAAAGUGGAGGGUUGGUGACCACUGGUUUAAAACGAUGGUUCCCAAUAGUGGCCCUGGAGAACCCCUUUCACAAAGCAGUGUAUUUCAGUCAGCUGGAUGCCAUAAACCAAACGUUGAAGGUUGUUCGAUCAGAAUGUUCCUGGCCUCUGCUUCUAUUGGUCAGGCUUGACUUUUAGCUGUCGGUUGAUUACAGCAGACAGUUUCUCUGUAUGUUUUGAGCCCAUUGACUCAAAACAUGUUUAUAAUAGAUUCCCAUAUGAAGGUGUUUUAUAUUUUCUGUUCUUUUACUGAGUAAAAGGAACCCAUCAAAAUGGUAAUUUCCUUUGUUAAAGAUGUUGCAAACAGAGAGAACAAAAAUUAAAAUGCAGAACUGAGAAAUUCUGUGAAAUACCUUCCUGCCUUGCAUAUAUUCCCUGUGCUAACAUACCCACUUCAACCCAUAAAAGGUUUGUAAAUGAGCCGAUUAGUUGAAUCAGGGGGGUAUUUUACAAAGCAAGAUUUUUUUUAGUUACCCUGAUCGGACAAAAAGCAAGCUUGUCUAAUAGGAGAACAGCAAAGAAACAUUCUUAUUGGACAAUUCUCAACUUUUGACCUAAGUUAUCUGGCUUACUGGCUUUGUGAAACCCGUAGGUGUCUUGGAAGUAGGAAAAACACCUAAAUAUGCAGAGCAGGGGUUCUCCAGGACCAAGGUCUGGACCCACUGGUAUAGAACCAAGCAUAAUAACGUGCAAUGGCACUUUAAAUGCAGAAAAUGCAACGCCCCAUUAUAUUCUAAGCUUAAAGCAAAUCACUUGGCAGAGGCACUAUCUUACAGCUGUACAUGAUUCAUACAGCUGGCUGCUAAUGUAGACAGCGUGAGCUGCGUUUUGGUUAAACCCCCUACAGUAUGUAAUCUUUCUUUGUAUGAGCUCAGUGCCUCAACUCUGGCCAGCACAGAUGUCAAUAUGCACCAAAUGUCAUAUAUAUGUCAAUGUAUUGUGUCAAACAGAACCACAGAUACUGUACACUUUCUUUGUAUCCCGUGGCUACCUGUUAUCAACAAAACCUCAUUUAAUUUUUUCUUUUUUUUUUCAGUUUUGUUUGUCCUACCAGUAUGCUUGGACAUGGAGGAUUUGAGUCACUAUGUGUACUGUUGGACCUUUUUCUUAUGUACAAGGAAAGCAAAGUUAAAUAAACAUCCAAAAAAUGUCUACUAUGA